AUGAAUGACAAAAGUUUAUAUGAAGAUCUUCCUCUGCCUAUUGAAAAAUUACUUUUAAAUGACGAUCAUAGCAGUAAUUUUGAGAAUAUUAUAUCUGAAGAUUCAAUAAUAAAUCAAGAUAUUUUAGAACCUGA